AUGGAGAAGGAUGUGAACCAGAGCCUGCUGGAUCUGCACAAACUCUCCUCUGGCCACACGGACCCUCAUCUGUGUGACUUCCUGGAGAGGCACUACUUGGAUGAGCAAGUGAAGAUGAUCAAGAAGCUGGGAGAUCACAUCACCAACCUGAAGAGACUGGGAGCCCCUGACAAUGGCCUGGGAGAGUACCUGUUUGACAGGCUCACCCUGGGGGAGAGUGACUGAACUAUUGUAUUUCUCAGUUGGACUUUGUGGAAUGUGCAACUUGAAAUAAAACACUUAAUAUUUA